AUGAGUUUAUCCGAAAAUCCGCUUUCACACUUCCAGAUUCUCGCUCCCGAACUGGUUUUCCAAAUAUGUUCUUACCUGGAUAACAAAGAUCUUCCGAACCUUUUGCCGACAUGCCGGUACCUUCACCAUGCCGUGUCAGGGUAUCUGCACGACAAAACGAGCAAGACCACACUAAAAACGCUUUUGGAAGCGAAAUCUAAUAACUUCUAUGGGAUCGAAUUUAUAAGAAAGACUCAGAACGGAGAUGCUGAUACUACCAUAGGACUGGGUGUGUUAAUUAAAGCCAUUGAAGCUCUUUUGAAGGAAAAGAGUAAAGCGGUUAUUAUCUCUUUCAAAGUCGAUUCUGAGAGCGUCAGACCAGAAGGUCAUCGGGAUCUACUCCUUUCACUCAAAGCCUUCUCAUAUACACGUCCCGCCAACCAAUUCGCAAUCAACCCUCUCACAGCCAAUCUCUCACCACUCGAAGUAGCUCGAAUCUUCGACGUCCGCAAGUUGACCAGGUUAAACCUCACCUUCCACGUUAACCAGUGGAAUAAAAUCCCAAGAUACGACUCCGGCGUUUUAGACGUCGAAUGUACCGAAUACAGAGAUGGAACGAUAGAAUAUCGUCAGUCCCUUCGAGAGAAGGCAUACGAAGAAUAUAACCUCCCCAGUCCCGAAAUUCUAGAAGAUAUAUCGGGACUUAAUAAAUUGUUGACACGAACUCAGAAUUUGGAGCAUUUACAAUUAUAUCCCAUGGUACUGCACUACAAAAAAUUCCGACCACUUGGGGAUUUACCAUCAGAACUUGAGGAACUUGGAAACACGUUCAAGAACCUAAGACGGUUACGAUCACUCGAACUUGACGAAUUCUUAUUCCAUGUAUCCUUCUUCCUCCCCGUUCCCGAAAACCUCGAACGGUUGCAAUUGAAAAACACACAAUAUUAUUCAAAAGCAUGGUGGUUACAAUUCGCAAAAUACAAAUUUACGAAUUUGAAGGAGUUGUAUAUCGAUUACGACCCGGUCUUUCGACAAUACAGCAUGUAUGAAUCCGACACUUCUUUCUUACAUAGGGACGGUACGCUCAAAACGCAGGAUGAGAUCGACAACGGGUUUAAACUAGAAAAUGUCGAAAUACAGAGUUUAGAGAGGUUUAUUUACGAAAGAACUCAUGCUUCUUUGUUCAAUAAACACUUUUGUUUCCCUGCGGAUUUGGUACCGUGUAUUGUUAGGAGGAACGAAGGGUUAGAGCCGAAGAUAAAGCGGGCUUUAGUGAGCCGUUAUGCGGAGGAAGUGGUAGAGAGGUGUCGUGAAAGGUUGGAAAGGGUCAUAGGGGAUUGUCGAGAUGCUAUCAAAGGCGAGCUUGUGACCGACUUUUUGGAAGGCGGGUUUCCGGAUGAUGGUCUUGAGAAAUGUCUAUCGUCGUAUGGACGUUAUGUAUUAGGUAAACCGCGGCCGGCGGUAUGA